UGAGCAACCACACCCAGCCAUAUUUUUUAAAUUUUUUAUUCCCCAUUGAGGUGUUUUUCAGUUUAUCCUUAGUGAUCCCAGUCAUGUUUUGCUAAUGUCAGGGUGGUCUUUUUAUCAUCUACUACAAUAAACCACCAGCUGUGCCAGAGAAAAUGCCCAGGAUUAAUUUCUUUUGUUGGAAGAGCAGUUUGAACUAUCCAGAAUCCUUCAGAAUUCUAAGAAAGUGUUUGCCCUGUUCUGUAUAUAUUCUGCUAAAAGUUGUUCGUAAUAGUCUAGAUACUGAUUCUUUAUAUAAGUAGGGUCUUUUUAAUAAAAAAUGAAGUGGCAUCAAAUUGUUCAGUGGUUUGUUCUCUUCUAAAUUGUUUUUAGCUGAUAAGAUUUGGGAAACUUUCUGGGCUCCCACAAAUAAUGUACAAUACAUCCUUUGAAUACUUGAUGCUUAAAAAGUGUUGUUACUGCAUGCAGUCAGGGAGCUUCAGAGCUUUUUGCAGGCUCCUUGUUUUCAUAUUAUCUUGGUUAUAAAUUUUAUGGUUGUGACAUUGCUUUCUUUUUAUUUAUUUUUGCUGUUGUUUUCUGCUGCUGCUGAUUUAGAAAUGGAAUAAACUACUCUUAAUUUUAACCUGUUUGCUACCUAAAAUGAUAAUCACCUUGAUGUUCUUUCAAGCAGGUCCCAGAGAUCUUAAAACAAUCUGGAUUCACUAAGUACACAGUUCUCUUUUCUCUUGGUUAUAUAUAGAUUGAGAGUGGUCUUGGUGUUAUAUUAGUGUAUGAUUCGUGUUUGUUUCAUAAUUAACUUUGAAGUGAAAAAUUGAUGCGAGAGCAAAGGUUUAUUUGGUUUCCAUAACUGUCUACUAAUUUUAUGCUUGCCAGAUUUUAAGAUUAAAAUGUUUGCCAACUCUUUUUUUUUUUUUCAUAAAACUUUUGGCCAUCUACAGUCACUUUUCUUCAAGUCUUAUGCUGUAAUUCAAGCUGUGUAUUUUUUUGCUGAUUGCUUCUGUGCCUCCUUUGCUUCUAGUGUUCUUUUGCAAGAGUGUCCACACAGUGGGAAGAAAACCUGAACUUGACUCAUGAAGUGCUGGGCAUUCAAAACAGUGAAUCCUUGCAAAGGAUCCUGGGACUAGACCUCUGUGAAUUGGCUCUUUCAAUUUGUCCACUUAAAGGGCAUAAUAGAUUAUGCAGCUGUUUGGGCUUCAGCAGGGUAUUGCUCCAUAUUCAUGUCUAGUUGCAAUUAUGUGAAUUUUCAGUUUGUUACAAAGACUUCCCUUUGUAUUCAAAACAAUUUUGUUGGCUUUGUGUUCUAAUAUGUGAGUUUUCUCUGGGGAAAAAUAGUUGCAAGAUUUUGAACUUUGAAAACUUUAAAAUGUUGAAAGGUUUUGUCACUGUUUUUAUUUUCUGAUGCAAACCAAACAUUGAAAGCAUAUUUUAAGAAGAAGUCACUCUAAUAUGCUUUAAUUUCAAGUUUAUGAAUCACAGGAUUUUUGGUAGAGGUAAAAAGUAUACUUACACAGUUAAUUAGACAUAAAAUGCCAUUGAAUCAGUCAGGUAACGAUUAAUGUCAGAGUAAUGUUUGAUGGGCCAAGCUGCUAAAAACAUAAGCAGUUCUAAUUAAAAUAUAUAAACGUAUAAUGUAAAAAUAGUAAACCUAGUAGUAUAUAAAGUGACAGUAGGUCUUUUUUGCUUAAAAAUCAGAGUUCCUGGAUAGUAUCUCUUUAGGAUCUCUGUAGUAAAAAUACAAUUUAAUGUAGCUUAGUGAGAAGUUUAAGAGGAAUAUACCUUUCACUUUAGGGUGCCCAUGCCACUUUGAAGUUAUAGAGUGCAAAGUAGUUUCCACACAUUAAAAAAAAUAUAUGAAAAAGACUUAAACUUUUCUAAAUUUUAUACUUGAACAGGUCAUUAGAACAUGUGCCUUUUGCUUUUAGAUCUCUGUUUGCAAAUGGUUAAGCAUUAAUGUUGGCAAAAUACUCACAUGUCGUAUCUGUUAAAUGUAAUAAUAUUUCUGCCCAGUCUUCAGUUUUAAGUAGAAAUAUCAACCUUUGAUGUCACUAACAUUUCUACUCUGUUGUGAUACUGAGAACAUAAGUGUCAGUGAAUUUGAUAGACAGCUUAGAAAUGAAUCUUUUGCAUUCAAUAUUUUAGUGCUGUAUAUUUUCACUUAAGUUAUAGUUUUCUCUUUAAGUCUUAGAAAAAACAUUAGUUUGUUCCUCUUAGCAACAUAUUGUAAUGAAUUUUCUGUUGCCCUUUUACAAUUUUCAGGUAAAAUGUGAACUCUAUUAAAAAAAAUCUGUCUUUAAAGCAUAACUUCACCUUCAUUAUUCCAAAAAAAUAAUCAAAUGAUUUCGAUUAAAAGCGUUGUAUUUUAAACAAUUGGUAACAGCUGCUUCUGUGAGAUUUUCAUUUAUGUUACUUAGUUUAUUUUUCACCUAGACAAGGGUAAGCAAACAGUAUAUGAUGGGAAAACUGAAACCUUAUCUACUGUUUCUUUAAGAAACCAGCUUAUCCAGGGGGUUUUAGUGUGUCCAACCUAACCUGCUAGCAAGGAAAAGUUCUUUAAAAUAAUGGAUAUUAGUAGUAUCCAAUCACAAUUACCAGUUUCACUAACAGGGAGGAGAUUUUACUCUUCAGCCACUAGAAUUGGAGAAGGUGGAGCUUGGUACUCAGGUUUGGUUGCUUUGGAGUACAGCUUCAAGUGAAGUUAAUCUGAGGUGAAGCAAACAGAAAAUUGUGGAGGUUUUGUUGGAAUGAAUCUGAAGUCUGCUGCAGUAAAACACUGAAGGCUUUAAAAUGUUUUCUUGCAUAAAACUCAAAACUUUUAAGUAGCUGCUUAUGAGGAUAGGGAAGGCAGAAAGCUAAUGUCUGUCUCAAGAUACAGGACAGCUGUUUGCUCAUCAACCUCAACUGUGUGUGCAACGGAGGAACAUGGCUCAAGAAACUAAUCACAGCCAAGUGCCUAUGCUUUGUUCCACUGGCUGCGGAUUUUAUGGAAACCCUCGUACAAAUGGCAUGUGUUCAGUAUGCUAUAAAGAACAUCUUCAAAGACAGAAUAGUAGUAAUGGUAGAAUAAGCCCACCUGCAACCUCUGUCAGUAGUCUGUCUGAAUCUUUACCAGUUCAAUGCACAGAUGGCAGUGUCCCAGAAGCCCAGUCAACAUUAGACUCUACAUCUUCAUCUAUGCAGCCAAGCUCUGUAUCAAAUCAGUCACUUUUAUCAGAAUCUGUAGCAUCUUCUCAAUUGGACAGUACAUCUGUGGACAAAGCAGUACCUGAAACAGAAGAUCUGCAGGCUUCAGUAUCAGACACGGCACAGCAGCCAUCUGAAGAGCAAAGCAAGUCUCUUGAAAAACCAAAACAAAAAAAGAAUCGCUGUUUCAUGUGCAGGAAGAAAGUGGGACUUACUGGGUUUGAAUGCCGGUGUGGAAAUGUUUACUGUGGUGUACACCGUUACUCAGAUGUACACAAUUGCUCUUACAAUUACAAAGCUGAUGCUGCUGAGAAAAUCAGAAAAGAAAAUCCAGUAGUUGUUGGCGAAAAGAUCCAAAAGAUUUGAACUCCUGCUGGAAUACAAAAUCCUUGAGCAUCUGCAAACUAAAAAUUGACUUGAGGUUUUUUUUUUCCUAGUCAUUGGGAAUGUAGAGCAGUGUGUCUUGCAUGUCAUCGGAAGAAUAGAUUUUUGUUUUGAUUUUGUUUUGGUUUUGUUUUGAAAAUGACUCUGAACAUUUAUUUCCAUUGCAAUUUCUGUGGCUGAGAAGACUUAAACUUUACAAGUAUUAUCCUUUUAAGAUCAUUUUAAUUUUAGUUGAGUGCAGAGGGCUUUUAUAACAAAUGUGCAGAAAUUUUGGAGGGCUGUGAUUUUUCCAGUAUUAAACAUGCAUGCAUUAAUCUUGCAGUUUAUUUUCUCAUUGUGUAUGUAUAUAUCGCUUUUCUCUGCAGCACGAUUUCUCCUUUGAUAAUGCCCUUUAUGGCACAACUAGUUAUCGGUAACUGAAUGUAUCUUAAUCAUUAUGGCUGCUUCUGUUUUUUCAUUAACAAAGGUUAUUCGUAUGUUAGCAUAUAGUUUCUUUGCACCCACUAUUUAUGUCUGAAUCAUUUGUCACAAGAGAGUGUGUGCUGAUGAGAUUCUAAGUUUGUGUGUUUAAACUUUUUUUUGAGCGAGGGAAGAAAAAGCUGUAUGCAUUUCAUUGCUGUCUACAGGUUUCUUUCAGAUUAUGUUCAUGGGUUUGUGUGUAUACAAUAUGAAGAAUGAUCUGAAGUAAUUGUGCUGUAUUUAUGUUUAUUCACCAGUCUUUGAUUAAAUAAAAAGGAAAACCAGAAUGCUCCCUUGUA